GAUACCCCUAAAUAAAAUGCAGUGCAAUCAAUUGCCUUCAGAAGUCCCCUAAUUGGUUAAUAGAGUCCACCUGUGUGUAAUUUUGUCAGCAUAAAUACAACGGUUCUGUGAAGGCCUCAGUGCUUUGUUAGAGAACACUAGUCAACAAAGAUAUAUAUAUAAUAUAUAUGGAUAUAUUCAUUCAUAUAUAUAGAGAAUAUUUAUAUACGGAUUCUGGUGACAGUCUGACACACAGCCAAGAAACAGGAAAUAGGCUAACUAGCCUGUCCCUCAGAAGUACUGUGCUCAGUCCAUAUGCCCUGUCUUGCAAAAGUGAAAGUAGGUUGAGGAUCUGCUCCAAAAUUUAACAAGUGUUACUUCUUGGCCCAUUCUAUGGCCCUUCUCCAAGUUUCAUCAUGAUCAGCAUAGUUAUUUUUGCUGCCUAAAAUUAUUAAUCAGUAGGGAUGGGAAUUGAGAACCGGUUCUUAUUGAGAACCGGUCCCAAAUGGUUAAGUCCAUAGGCAUCGUUUACAUUUCAUUGAUUCUCUUAACGAUCCCUUUCUUCCGAGUGCUUUGGAAAACGGUCCUGUGAGAGGCAGUCUACGCUAACGAGAACAGAGAGUUUGAGGAAAAAAACAUGGCGGAUGGUACGAAAAGUAGGCAGAAACGAUCUAAAGUGUGGCUUCGUUUUAUUAAGAAAGACGACAACAAGUUUUGUAUAGAAGUUUUGAGUUUGUGUGGCAUGGAGUAACUGAAUUAGAAGCACAAAAAAACACUCUACCUGACAAGAAAAGCCCCCCAAAUGUUUAAUUUCGCUUAAGUGAAACAAUAACAUUUCCACUUACUUCUUUGCUUGUCUUCUCGCCGUCGUCUUUUGUGCCGAGAUCGUAAAACAGCGAUGCAUCUUCAUUAUUAGCCUCUGUCAGCUCACUUCUGUUGUGGCUUUUUUUAGUUGCAUACUUUUAUUUUCGCUGUAAGUAAUUUUUUUACCAUGACCACUUUAUGUUGCGCCAUUAACCAUUUCUUUUUUUAUUUGCAGCGGGCUUCGUUUUUUUUUCAUCAGUAACUUCCGUUGUCACUUCUUUUUAUAUAUAUAUAAAAAAAAAAAAAAAAAAAACGUUAAAAUAAUAAAACGUUAAAAAAAAACUUUUAACCGACGUUCUUCCGCACCCCAUGAGGUGGCGGUAGUGCGCUUUCCAGUUGGCCACCAACCGCCAUGAAAACCAAAAGAAGAAGAGGGCGAAGCAGCUGUACCUUAAGCUAGCUCUGUGAGGAAUUUCCAUUUGUUAGCCGAAUUGUUAGGCUCUAAAAACGUAUUACAGUGAAAAGAAACACGGGAGGAGAGAUACUGUUACCGCUGCCAGCGGGUCAUGCAGCUCUCUAAAAGGUAAUGAGCCGUAAAGCCUCGGGGUCUCGGCUCAGCGGCGCCCACAAACUGCAGCCACACUGGAAUGACUGGCAGUCCAGGUUGGUGUUUCUGUUUCGGAGGAGGGUGCUGGAUGGUACUCGGGGAUUCUUUGGGCCUAUAAUGUGCUGCUCCUACAUGUUUUGUGUACAAUACUUUCUCUCUCAAGACUAAAACAUUAAUCAUCGUUGUCAAAAUGUUCUACUCUCCCCUAGAAGUGAGUGUUUUUCGGAGCUUUUCACACCGCGCAGGAAGCUGAGGCGUUUUAGCCCGGGGUUUAGUGCUCACAAGCCCGCCUGACGAACUGGUGAGCCCGGCGCUAACUUUAGCUCCAAAUGUUGGAGGAUAACUGACAAACUAGUCUACGCCUUGUCUUGAGAUUGGACAGUAAAGGCGCAUCGUGUGAAACGGAGAUGAUCCCGCAGUGAAACAGAUCCUCAAUGAGGGCUGCUUCUGGAGCUGGUUAGCGCCGCCGCCGCCGUGCUGGUCGCGCUGGCUAACCAUAGCACAGCUAACACGGGAAUGACGCCACCCAACUACAACUUUAUCAACUCCAGCAGACACUCAACUUCCUUAUUUGUCUCUUUUAGUGUCAAGCUUGUCCCGCUGCAUGGCUUUAUUGCACGUUUCAGAGCUGACAGGUCAAAAAUAACAAUACUUUACACCCCUGAAACAGAACAUGUGCCAACGUGCGUACAUUCAGAGCGUACGUAACAGGUGUGAAGGGUCCCUGUUAGCUGGGUAACAGACUCUGAGCUCCCCCAGAGACUUCAUGAAUUAGUUUUAUAGUACUUUGACUUUGAACCCUUUGUGCACAAUGCAUUACAGCCUUAAAGUUCCCCCAUACACCUCAGCCAACCCAGCCAUAAUCCAGAUUGAUUAUUCAUCUGAAGAUACUCCUGAGGUCUGCAUGUUUCCAAACAAGCUGUUGUGAAUGUACAUGUGGCCGCAACUAAAACAGUAGACAAUGGGCACAGGAAGCUUAGUUAAUGUUUGGCAUUGAGUCCUUUUUUUAGUCUGUUUUUCCUGUGUCGAGGAAAUAGGGGCAUCUAUGGAGUACUCUGCCACUGUAGCUGACCUGGCAAUGGCCUCAUCAACAUACAAUGUUGCUUUUAAAGGGAUAUUCCGGCGUAAAAUUAAGUAAGGUCAAACUCACAGUAACACUGAGUUAGACACCCCCUGGAGAGAUGAGUGUUGCAGACCACUUGCUUCUCUAGUUAUACCAACUUUAGUAAUGACCGCAGAUAGCAAUACAGAGAGCCACGCGCUCAACCAAAAAGCUACUCUAUAGCCACAAAUAAUGCUCAGAACAGCACCUAACUUCAUCAGCAGUACAUAUAGGGUCCCAGCCAUAGUACUGGCCACCAAACAGCUUUUUAGCAGAGAGACUAAACACAACUCACCUACUCUCUUCCAGCAGCCGCUUGUUUGUACAGAGACCUCCAUGCGAGUCCAUUGACUGCAGCGGGGUGUCACAGCUCAAGGAAGAACAUUUAUGAUCAUUUCCUCGUGGAAAUGCAAUUAGACUGAGAUGCUAAGGCAGAAGAAAUACCGCAUCUGCAGUUAAAUAUGAUUAAAAUUAUGAAUAUUACUUCAAGGAAAUGAUAAAGUAAUGAUCAUAAAUGUUCUUCCUUGAGCUGCAUCACCCCGCUGUAGUCAGUUUGGACUGGCCUGAGGUUUCCGUACAAACAAGCAGCUGCUCGAAGAGAGUAGGUGAGUUGUGUUUAGUCUCUUUUCUAAAGAAAUUAGUCAAAGCUAAAAAAAUUCAGCGGCUAGUGCUGUGGCUGGGACCCUAUAUGUACUGUUGAUGAAGUUAGGUGCUGUUCUAAGCAUUAUUUGCGUUUUGGUUGAGCGCGUGGCUCUCUGUAUUGCUAUCUGCGGUUGUUACUAAAGUUGGUAUAACUAGAGAAGCAAGCAGUCGGCUACAUUCAUCUCUGGACGGGGUGUCUAACUCGGUGUUACAGUGUGUUUGACCCUAACUUUAAUUUUACGCUGGAAUAUCCCAUUUAAGUUACACGGUGGCAGUCUCAUAAGGGUCGCAGUGCUGUAGGCUUGUGCAUCUGUCUUUGUUUUAUAAUGUUCUCACUGAUGUGGUUGUUUCACGAAUGUCAAUCAUUGCCCACUGCAGUGAAGCUCCAUCCUCAACAGUCCACAGGUUUGGCCCUAUGAAAAACAUAAAGUAAAUUUGAUGUGACGGUCUUCAGCUUCAAGAUAUCCAUAUGUAUCGUUUAAAUGCCUCAUUAUGCAGUUCUCAGCCAAUAUGUUUCUCAAUUACAGUGAGCUGCUUUUUGAAAAACUAAUAAUGGCUUUAUGUAGCUAGCUUUAUCCUGUGAAUUUUGGAGGCAGAGCAGAGACUGAGCCCUCAUCUGAGAGGAAAUGAGACAGUUUAGGGUACUCCUGAAACACCUGAAAACACUGGUAAAAGCAACGUGAUCCCUGCACAGUAAGCACUUAAAAGUUUCCCAAUAGACACAAACAGUUAUGGGCUGAUUUAAUGAAACUAUGUAAUGAAUUAGGCCGACAUUUAUAUACCCAUUACAUCAGUUUAACCUUGGUUGAAACACUGUUUUUAAGUCUCAAGGCACACACUGUAUUGGGAGUGAAUAUUUUUAUAAUGUGUUCAUUUCAAAGACUCAAAUGUUACGCAAUUGGCAAAUCAAAAGCACAGCUGACUUGACUGACAGGCAGGCAGUCUGUAGCUGUUUGUGAAGCGGCUGAAGGCCCGCCUCCAGUGAGUCGACUAAAGGUUAAGUUGAUUUAGCAUUUCCAAUAGGGCGACCUCCACCAGUCAGCAUCGAAAACUCAAACCAAUAGUUCAAGUCACUAAGACUUUGUCAGUGUAUUAUACAGUCUCAGUUUGUUGCCUACAGUGAGCAUUUUUUUUAGUCUAUAUGCUCAUAUGUUCUCUCCCUGGUACUGACGUGCUGCAAGACGCAUCACAGGGCCCAUUACAGACUUUUAUUUUAAUAUUAAUUAGAUUAUUGAUGAGUGUCUGUAUCGUUGAGCAUCCACAAUGCCACAAGACAGGACAGCGUAGCACUUCUAAACACUCACACCUGUACCCCAAAACAACAAAUGGGGAUAUCAAAUAACAACUUAAAUGCAGCCUAUACAAACAUAAAUGUGCCGUUAAUAAAAGUAAAAUAGUUAUUUGUGAUGUGAAGUUUAACCUGUAUUUGUUAUCAGCUAUCACAUUAAAGAUUUGAAUGUAUUGAUCAUAUUAAUUGGCUACAAGAGUAAAUUCCCCCGACAGCCCCCAGUAUGAAACACAGAAUUCAUGGUUAUUUUGAGAUUUCUAAAGUUAGUUACAAAUUCUCAUAUUUCUCAUCAGUCACAGUCACAUGAGAUUAGCGGGCAUCAAGACUUUAUUACUACUUAAGAUUUUAAGGAAGUUUUUUGUCUCUUAGAGAAGUGAUCAACAAAAAGAUUGUAUUUCAAAAGAUAGAUUUGUCUUUGAUUGUUUUACGCAGUUUUUGCCAGUAAACAAUGUUCUUGUAAGUCAGUUUAGUCAAUAUCGAUCCAAACUGAAUCAUGCUGAGGUGAAUCACGCUGUAUUUUACAGAUGGAUUAAAUUGAACUGGCUUUUUUAUUUGUUUCCCCCUUGAUUUAUUUAAUAGUUCAAAGAAAGAUAAAAAUAUUUAUGAUCAGUGGGAUGAACCUGACUAAUAUGAUGAGUGGGUAGCAGGAAUGGUGAGAUCCAGGUUUUUAUGUCCUGAUACUGAUACCCAUAUCUGGGCUUUAGUUUAUGCUCAUACAGCUAUCGAGUCUGAUGUCAAUGUUAAAUUAAUAACCAGAAUUCUCUGAUGUGAGAAUGAGAUGAGAAAUCAUGAUCAAGAAAAAUCUGGAUUCUUGAGUUUAUAAGCAAAAGUAAAAUGAACGUGUUAAAUCUGUUUCACUGGCUGAAGAUGCCUCUAGUGAAGCAUUUCCUUGUUAGCAGUCUGGUGCGUGAUCUGUGGAGGUUUGUAGCUUAUGGCACUGUGCACUGGUGAGAAACUGGUGUCUAACCAACUCCAGAUAUUUUAGGCGAAGCUCAUCAUCUUUUCAUCUCUCAGUUUGUUAGAGGAAUUUCUAGCCGUACUGAGAUUUUUUAUAUUCUCUGUUGGACUUUAUUUCAUUAAUUCUGCCGAAAGUCAUUUUUAAUGGAGGAAAGGCAACACAAAAGGCAAUAUGUACUGAGUUGUAAAGAAUCAAGAGAUAACUUUGAUUCAGGAGGUUCUUCUGUAUUAUAAGCGAUAGAUAAAUGGUGAAAUUGUGCAGUAACGUUACUCAUGUGUCUGUCUAUUUAUCCAGAUUUGACAGUCUGUCAUCCAGUCAGGACGAAGUGAACUCCAGAGAGCUUGAUUCAGCAGCGUUGUACGACGUGUUGCCUUCCAGCUGCCCUGACCAGCCAGUGGUGCCCAGCGAUGCUUACGCUGCUGAAGACACACACCAGGAAGAGGGUGAGGUCUCUCUCAGCUCACUGUAGUCAUUUUAUCUUGUACAGUUUCUCUUAUAGCUUAGAGGAUUCAAGUCUGGUUUUAGUUCACCAUAAUUUCUCCUCUUGCUCCCUGUCUUAUGUUGCUGUCUGUGUUUCCAUCUAACAUGCUUUUUGUUCCUCAGGUGGAUAUGAAGCUGGUCAAGGUGUCUGCGAUAAUACAUUUGGUUGGAAGUCGAUGGGGCAAGAGUUGAGACCCAAUGACGUGACUACGGAUUUGACUCCUAUUCAGCAUGGAAACCGUGCUUUAACUUCCAAGGACAUGAAGAAACUGCAGGGUAAUCUGCCGCGAACGGCCAGUGUUCACAUUCAGAAACAAGCCCAAUCGAAGGUUCCAUAAAAUGGCAUUUUUAGCUGUUUACAAAGUAGCCCAUUAGCCCUUUUUGAGAAAGGUUUUGAACUCUGCUACAAAAGGAAAAAUCAACAGCUCAGACUGCGACCUUUUUGUUCUCACCUCAUUAUCCACGAAGUGAUCCGAGUCAGCAGAGGUGCUAUGAAAAUGAGGAGGGUUCAGGGAAUAAAUGAGAGCUCUUAUUGUCUGACGUUACGCUCCCAAUAUGUUUCAAAUACAAAAACAUUGUUAGAGUAAGAUAGCUAAUGAGUUAACACUGAUGUGCGCUGAUUUUUGUUACAGACAGAGGAAUGGCUCACUCAGAGGAGUCUCGGCUAGCCAACCUCCUGCGCCGAGUCUCCAGGGAAGACGAUCGUGACCGAAGGCUUGCCACGCUCAAGCAGCUAAAAGAAUUCAUCAGCCAUGGAGAGAGCAAAGUGGUGAGAAGACGCUGUUGGCAUUUUAUUAAUUUACCGACCUGACCUGAUAUCACCUGGUUUCAUUUAGAUCUCAAAAUACAAAACUUAAAAUCUAAUGAAAACAAAGGAUGAUGUAUUAUUCCCACUAUAUGAACACAUUUACAUAAGAUGAGAGUGUAUUGAUUUAAAAUUUAAUCUAACUUCCUAAUACUGAAACUUCUCUCACACAGACACUGGUCAAACAGAUGGACAACAUCCUCAGCACCUUGAAUGACAUCUUGAACGAGAGGUAAGUGGAAGUCGGACUUUAGCUUCAUUUUUGACCCAAUUGAAGAAGUGUUUUCUCAGUUUAUAUGAGAAACAAGACAGCGAAACAAACUGAGAAUAAGAAAGAAGAAAGUGCUAAGUUUUCUAUUCUUUUGAUGUAAGGUUUGCUUUGUAAAACUUUGACACCCAUUAACAGAGCACUAAUCUUUUUUUUUUGUUUGUGUGGCCUGCAACGUUGGUCAACAGUGCUUGGUCUUUGCUGUGUCUUAUUUUGAAAGGCACUUAUUUCUGAUUUCCCAUCCAUUGCCAGGCAUUUCAUUUAGUGAAAUGAAGGAUGUUAGCCUGAUCCUUUGUAGUGCUAUUACAUGAUUCUUGAAUUGAUCGUAAAAGACAGCAUGCUUUGGUAGCUUGGUAAUAAGAUGGUGUGAAAUCAAGAGGUAUUCAUUGCUUUGAUUUGUGCAUUUGCCAAAGCGGUCCCUAACGUAGUCUUCUUGAUUAUGUUUCGACUCUGCAGCAGCAAGCUACUGUGGGAGUUGCGUCAGGACGCGGCAGCCUGCCUGGGUCUCCUCUGCACGGUGCUCAGCUAUGAGGCCGAGCGCAUCUUCAAGUGGCUCUUCCUGAAGUUCACUACGUGCAGCCGUGACGAGGUGAAACUCUUGUACCUGGUGGCAACACAGCGCGCUUUGGAGGCUGCCGGAGAAAGGAAGGCUUUCUCUCACGUCAUGCAGGUAAGCACAUACAGAGGCCUCAGUUCGAUUCAGCACCAUGAGACCACCCGUGAUUGUGAGCAAACCUCCAGUUAAUUAACCUUUUAAAUUACCAUAUUAAUUGCUUCAGUAUUCCCUAGCAACCACACAAACUGCGGCUCAUGCAGAAAAAAAGAGUAUGCUUGGCUCCUGCUACACACUCACGAACAUUUCCAUAUUAUUAUACACUCAUUCCAACACAAAUACUCAAUUACUACUGCUAAAUUCCACCAAAAAUCACAUACUGUCCCUUUAAGGUUUUAGUAGUUAUACGCUGUUCUGAACAUCUUGUUUUGUGUGUGUUUCAGCUGGUGAUGAGCAACCUGCAGUCCAUCCUGGAGAACGUGGACACUCCAGAGCUGCUCUGCCAAAGUGUGAAGUGCAUUCUUCAGGUGGCUCGCUGCUACCCGCAUGUCUUCAGUACAAACUUCAGGGUGGGUGUUUCACUAUGUGAUCGGUGUAUUUGCUAUGCGUGCACAUCAGUCAGUAUGUUUACAUGCAUUGUGAAACUGCUGCAGAUGUGGCUCUAUAAGAGAAUUUAACCAGACUACUGUUCUUCUGGAUCAUUCUGGUCUGGGCUGUGUCAGUAAAUAGGUCCAUAAAGGAGAUGGUUUGAUGUGACAUCCACUAGGGGGACACCACCCCAGGAAGUAGUGCUUGAUUGAAGUUUAGGCAGCCUUGGCUCUUGAAUGCUUGAGAUGGCAGCACCACAGCUGGGGUGUAACAGACUGGAAGGGCAACAGAGGGUACCUCCUCAGCAGACACAGCCGCAGAGCCUUUAUGUCUUUGUUCCCACUUCUUCUGCAUGAAUGUCUCUGCCACAAAGAGACCCUGUAGUGUCACAGGAGUGUCAAGGAAGUCCUUGACAGGAUGUGGGAUUCAGCCUUUAGGCUCUCUCCUACAAGAUUAUCAAGCCAUUGAUCUGCCUUGAGACUCAGAGUCGCAAGGUGGCUCGGGUGUGUUUGGAGGUUAAAGUCAGAUCCUCUCCACUGUGUCAGGCACACUGGUGGACACCAUGGCCACACUAGCUGUGCAGCGGAAGAAAUGUUCUCUUGUGCCGCUUGUAACCUCCAAGAAAGAUGCAGCAGGAGUUGGUGUUAGUAAACAUCAGUGGGGGAAAAGUAAUGAUUCUUUAAUAGGUAUUGAUAACAGGGAAUUUUGCAACUUGAUUGAUCCAGCUGUUUUAAGUAUUUCUACUUUAAUGUUGUAUUGCUAUUUGGGAAUUUUGGCAACCUUGAUGUACAUUUCAUGCUCAGACGUUUUAUGUUUUGCCACAGGACACAGUCGACAUCUUGGUUGGCUGGCACAUUGACCACACACAGAAGCAGUCGGUGACUCAACAAGUCUCAGGUAGAUCAGGAUUUUGUUUCUAAAAAUCUUGUUUUGUUGAAGACUUAAUUGCAUGAUUUCAUAACAUUUGAAGCUUUUUGUCAUUUUUUACUAGAAGUAAAACUGAUGAAAAUUUGUGUGAACCACAUCAUUUGAAAUCACCAAAUUAUUGGAUUAAGAAGAUUCUUGAUGGGGGAGACAUUCAAAUCAUAUUUUUAAUUAGCUGCUGCUUUGUUGACAUGCUGCUAUAAUCACACUGCCUGUUAAGACAAUAUGAAAAAUCAUCAUGACAGCCAAGUGAUUUUCCCCAUCCGCUCUGUUUUCCCUUGUUUUGUUUUGUUUUUAGCCUGGUUACAGAGUUUGGAACAGUUCUGGGUGGCAGAUCUGACUUUCUCCACCACUCUGCUGGGACAGUUCUUAGAGGAUAUGGAGGCCUAUGCAGAGGUAAAGUUAUUUCAGAGACUGUGAACCCCUUUAUGCCAGAAUAGCUCUGAAUUUCUCCAUGGUCAUGCUCUGACACCAGUUAUGACUCAACAUGUAGCGUGAACCAGUGUUUUAAGAAAAGACAUAAACAGUAAUCGUAAAUUUAGAUAAUGUUCUGUACUCUGAAUGGUGAAUUAUAGCAGUUAAUGUUUUGUUUUUUUAGUUAAUUAGUGUGUGUUUUUAAAAACCGUGUCUGUGAUUUGUCCAGGAUCUGAACCAUGUUGGAUCUGGUGACGUGCUCGAUGAAGACAUCCCCCCACCUUCUGUGUCCUUACCCAAGCUGGCAGCUCUGUUGAGGGUUUUCAGCACAGUGGUUCGCAGCAUCGGGGAGCGAUUCAACCCGUUCAGAGGACCACCCAUUACAGAAGUCUAUGUCAACGAUGUAAGAGCAGUGUUAACAUAAUAAUCAACUCUUCAGUAAUGUUAUUGAAUGCUUCUCCUUUAAUGCUUUUUUCACAUGUUUGUGCAGGUUCUGAGCCGGGUUCUGGCUUGUGUUACCACAGCGAAGCAGGUUCAGUUCUCUGAGGCUGUUCUGACUGCAGGAAACGAAUGUGUCGGUGUGUUGCUGGCUAGUGUCGAGCCCUGUGGUCAGCUGCUGGAGGCUGUCCUAGUCUAUGGCCUGGACCAACUGGACUGCUGCCGGGCUUCCGGCUCUGACUACAGCCUGGCAGUGCUUAGCCUUCUUACUCUGGUACCUCCAUUUUUACUGACUUAACCUUUUACAAAGUCUGUUUGUGAAGGUUUAGUCUUGAUUGUCAUUGUUGUCGUCAAACAAAUCUUAUUUUAUCUGCUCAGUUUUCACAGUAGUUUCCCAUAUCUGACAUAAGAGUUAAACAUCUUUUGUAAAGGUUAUUCUUGUGUUCUUAUGUUUGGGGAUGAACCAACGCUGUUCCUUACUACUUUGUUUUUACUUUCAGAUUGUUGAUCGGAUCAACACAAAGCUGCCUGUGUCCUUUGUUGAGAAACUGUUGGCGCCAGACUCCCAGCUGCUGAAGCUGCGUUUCCAUCGGGACAAAGAGGUGUGUGUUUGUGUGCAGGUUUUUAUUUGAGUGUUAAUUUCAGGUACAACAUAUAAAACCCAACAAAGACUUCACCCCUAAGAGAAACUCUUUUGAAGUCUUUGUGGAUUAAGCUAAAGAGGUUUUCACUCAGAACAGUAACUCAGAGUUUAAAUACAGGGUUAUGAUGGUGUAGUUGAUUUUCUUUGAUGUGAGGCACUCUAACUGUAAGGUCUGAGGUGUCCCCUUAAAGCUGUAUCUCUGUGUUUCCACAUUGAUUUUAAAUAAUCAAAUGAAAAUUGUCUGUGUGUGUGUCUGUGUGUGUGUUCAUGAUGCUUCAAUCCACAGGUGAUGUCCGCCGUUCAUGGCGUGUACCAGGCGCUACUAAGCCUAAAAAACAUUCCAACACUAGAGGCCGCUUAUAAAAUGGUAUUGGGUGAGAUGACAUGUGCCUUAUCCAGCCUGAUGAAAACCCUGGAACCGACUGACAGGGCCAAGGGAUCCGAGGGCACCUUCCCCGGUAUUGAGCAUCCUGCUUUUGCCCCUCUUACCCUUCCCCCGGAGACUGCCCAAUUCAUCCUGAUCUUCAACCUCAGCACCCUCACCACAAUUGGGAACACCAAGAAUUCUCUCAUCGGGGUGAGAUUUCUUAUCACUCACAAUGAAAUAUGAGAUUCUGAGUCGUGUGUGUGUGUGUUCAUGUAGAAAUUUGAUCUGUGUGUCUAGAUGUGGGCAUUGUCUCCAACGGUGUUCGCUCUGCUCAGUCACAAUCUGAUGCUGGUCCACUCUGAGAUUGCAGUCCACUACCCUGCCAUCCAGUAUGCUGUGCUCUACUCCCUGUACUCCCACUGUACCAGGUAAGACACACGGCUAUACUGUGAGCGACAAAACACCGUUCACUGCCGAAGAAAUGACCUCACUUUUUUUCUGUCUUCACAACAUGAUACGAUCACAGGGUCACGUGAACUCGGCAGUGUUGAGCUGUUCAGUUUCUUCCUAAAACGAGUCUCCUUUUUUUUCUAGACACGAUCACUUCAUCUCAUCCAGUCUGUCAUCGUCUUCUCCCUCCUUGUUCGAUGGCGCUGUCAUCAGCACUGUGACCACAGCAACUAAGAAACAUUUCAGCACGCUCCUGAGCCUUCUGGGAACUCUUCUGGUGAAGGAGCACCUGUACCAUGAGGCCAGGUUCUCCUCCCCUUUUUGUCUCCAACACACAGAUACACAGUAGUUACUUAGACGUAGACGUUUAUGUCAGUUGUUUAGAACCUUUAAUUGCAUUGUAGUUUGUGAAAUUGAGAGUGUUAUGCUGCCCCUAGUGGAUGCUGUGCAGCGCCUCAGUGUUUUAAAAAAUGUCGGCCAGUGCAAGAAAAUUAGUUAGUUAGUUAGAAAAUUAGAAAGACUCAGUUUACGCUGAUGUCAGGAGUUAAUUUAAGAUUUACCAGAACUCUUUAUAUAAAACUAAUCCCGUGCUCAAGUUUUUCCACUGCUUGGGCUCAAGUUGAAUUAUGCUGCUAGCUGUUGGCUGUUUUGUUUGCUUUACAUCAGUAGAUUCUGAGACACUCAGAAAAAGCUGUUUUCGACAACUUGCUUUGAGGAGUUAUUGUCAUACAGUCUUAAGAUGGUUGGAAUUUCACGGUCCAGCAUGUUUUGAGAUGAUUUAUUUAAAGGUUAAGGGCAAGCUUAAAAAUAAUAACUAUGAAUGAAAAAAAAACAUUGUAAGAUGAAUGAAAUUGAACUAAAAUUGGUGUGUUUUCAUAUCAGGAGGCUUCUGCUGACUUGGGCUCAAGAAAUCUCAGUGCUGAUGAAGAAGUCAGACACCUAUGGACCGCUCUUCUCGCUGCCCUCCUUUCACAAGUUCUGCAGAGGCCUGCUGGCCAAUGGUGAGUCAAACGUAUCCAGUAUAUCUAGCAUAGGGAGGUUUAUCUUGUUUGUUCUACAGGCUUCUUCAUUGUUCUUUCUGCAGAAAUCAGUGCUGUUGGUUUUAAUUUUUUCCCCUUGUUCUCUCUGGGUAGCUCUGAAUGAGGAUCAAAGUAUCUGCCUUCAAACCAGCCACAGCUUACAGGUCCUUUCUUCAUCAUUAUCGACUGAGCUGCUUCAAAGGUGAACACAAAAACAUCAACUUAUGCACUUGUGAAGGAAAUGUCAUCAGUCAGGUGCACAUUUUCCUCUCUGUUCUGAACUGUGCUAAUGAGCUCUGUGUGUGUUGGGGCUGUCCAACAGGUGUGUGGAUGUGUGCAGGGUCCAGCUGGUCCACUCUACAGUGAGGGUCAGGCAGGCCUAUGGCAAGCUGCUCAGGACAAUUCCACUUGAUGUGGCUUUGAGGUGAGACUUCUUUUACCCCAGGAGAGCAUCUCCAACAAAAUCAAUUUUUGUUUUAUGGUUAACCAAAUCAUUUUUUCAUAUUGUGUGUACUUUAUAUGACACAAUAUGGAGAAUACAUCUGAACUAUCUUCAUACAUAUUCAAAACUUCUAUGUCAUGGAGAAAACAACUGAGUUGAAACUUCCCUGACAGUGUGGAUGCUGUCACAUGUUGCUCCUCGUUGACUUCAUUUGUCUGUCUUUAUGUGUCACCAGUUAUCACAGCCACCCCAAGAUGAGAGAGAUCUCAUUGGCCAUUCGCCACCACAUGAGUCGAGCACCCGGCAGCACGUUCCACCCCCAGGAUUUCAGCGACCUCAUCAGCUUUAUCUUAUAUGGAGUCCUGCACCGAGGAGGGUAUUUAUCACUGCAUGAAUUUUUGAUUUUUAUCAGUGUCUGAAUGGCUUCUGUGUCCCCUUCUAAGCUCCACCGUUCUGUCCCCACAGCAAGGAGCCCUGGCUGGAGCGUCUGUACCACAGCUGCCAACGUCUGGAGAAACGCAACGGCAAAGGAGUUGUUGAGGGCAGCAGGCUGGACGUAGUACCCCAUGCAUUGUUGAAAACGGAGACGGUGCUGUGGCAGUGGGCCGUGUGGGAGGCUGCACAGUUCACUGUGAUGUCCAAACUCAGAACCCCGCUCGGCCGAGCUCAAGAUACAUUCCAGACUAUUGAGGGUAAAGAAACUCGGUCUAGUCCUGCUACAAGGGGGCCUCCUGUUUGACUCAGAUCAGCUACAUAAUCUACAUUGUGUUCCAGGUAUGAUCCGGAGCCUUGCUGCCCACAGUCUGAACCCAGAGCAGGAUGUUGGAGCUUGGGCAGGUGCUGGAGGUGAUGGAGACAGUCACCACUCAAAUCAGCUCCGUCUUGCUCUGCUUCUUCAGUAUCUGGAGAACCUGGAGAAACUCAUGUACAACGCUUAUGAGGGCUGUGCAAAUGCUCUCACUGCUCCACCUAAAGUGAGCAAAAUCAACCUGGUUUUUGGUUCAUCUAUCUAAAUCCACGGUUUCAUCUAUGUCCAUGGUGUGUGAAAUGUUUGAUUUCUUCCUUGUGUCUCAGGGCAUCAGGACAUUCUUCUACACCAACCGGCAAACAUGCCAAGACUGGCUGACUAGGAUCCGCCUCGCACUGAUGAGGGUCGGUCUCCUUUCCGGCCAACCUGCCGUAACCAUUCGCCACGGCUUCGACCUGCUGUCAGAGAUAAAGAACAGCAGCCCCCAGGUCAGUGCAGAUGAAGUUUUUCUCAUGAGUAGUCCAGAUGUUUAUACAGCAGAUUUGACUGCGAACAUUUUGAGGAACAACCGUUUCAUCCUGGAGCAUAAAAACAGGAUAAGAGCUCUAUGUUGGCUGAGAAGAGUUUUACAUGUGUUGGUUGGAUUCACGGUCUGUUUCUUGGAUUUUGUCAGGGACCAGAGCUGGAGGUUCCUCUGACACUUCUGGUGGAGGCUCUUUGUGAACUCCACUGUCCUGAAGCCAUCCAGGGCCUGGCAUCCUGGAGUCUCCUCACAACUGGAAAGAGUCUAAGUUGGCUGUCAUCAGUUGCAUUGCAAGCAGAGGGACGGUGAGUAGCACAGCCUUUUCCAGAUGUCAUCACAAUUCACAGGAAUAGUAAAUAAAACUCACCUGCUCUGUUUGUUUGGUUGUAUUUCACUAAAUAGUUGGUGUUUGUUUUUGCAGGUUUGAGAAGGCAUCUCUGGAGUAUCAAGACCAGCUGUCUGCAGUUACAGGGAUGGACUGCAGCAUCAAAAACUCUGAAUGCUGUCUGCUGAAAAUCUCCAGCAACACAUGUAGCCCCAAACACACCAGCAACGGUAACUAGCAAAUAUCUCUAUAUGGUACUUUCUGCGUUUGCACACUCUUGUCAUUACAUCCAAGUUUGAUUUUCUGUCUUGCAUCUGUUCAACUUUUCAAAUAGGUGAUAUCAAGAAGACAGUGCUGCUAAAAUCCUCAGAGUGUUCUCCCGAGGUGAUCAACUUCCUGGCCAACAAAGCAUGUCAGUGUUAUGUGGCGCUCUCUGAUUGGGCAUCCGUGAAGGAGUGGCAGACUACAAUCCACAUCAUCAAACAGAACUCCACCAACCCGGUCAGCACCAACCUGAGGACAGAUUUUAACUACAUCCAGGCUCUGAACUGCUUUGAGGACGGAGAUAUGGCCGAGUGUGGCGUUCAGCUGGAGCUGCUACCUGGAGAGGACUACAGCUCACUGUCCAACACCAAGGACAAGCUCGGUAAGAACGUGACAGGAUAGAAAUGUCUAGAUUACUUCAUAAACGGGGGCAAAGUAGAAGUUUUGUAGUUGGAUGUUGAGGGUGCUGCAGAUAAACUCCCUCAGGCUGCUGUCAAAAACAGCCUUGGUCUGACUGUAAUGAAUCAAAAAAAGCUCUUCAAAAAUUCAUAUUUUAUUGUCUUUUCUUUCUCUAUCAGAUCUGAAGAAGCUUCUGCCUUUCAUAAGUCCGGAUCCAACUGAGCUGCAGAGAGCCGUCGAGGUGCAACUUCUUCGCAGCGCCGUCAGUGCCAUGGCGAAGGCCGGUGAACAACAGCAAAAGACUGCAGUCAGUCCAGAGUAAGUUUUUCUGUACAAACAAGGAUCUGCCAGACCGAUAUGUGAAAUUUCAUUGUUAGUGCACAGAAGAAAUAAUUAGAUUUUUGUUGAUUUCAUGUUACAUUUUUGAAAUUCUGUAGACAUUUUCAGGAUCUUGUAUAACUUGCCUAAGUCGGCCAGUCUCAGUAAUUCUUGUCAUGUGACGUUGCAGUAUAUUGGUGCGCUGUCUGAAACAGACCGGGCGGAUCUGUUUGGGUCCCCUUCGUCUGUCUACCCUCACUUUGUCUGAUGCCUUGCCCAGCCUGCCCACCCUGCAGCUCCACUGCACGGCCACCCUGGAGAACACUUUCAUGGGACAAGAAGUAUGUACACCAGCACUUUCAGUCCGACUGUAUGUAAUGUGUGUUUGCACCUGCGAUCUGAAUUAUAUUUUUAGAUAGACCAUCGUCAUCAAUAUUGGAUUCUUAAAUAGUUUUCAAUUCUACAUUUUUUUUAACAACACAAUGCCGUCUAUCUGAGGCAGCGUAUUGAGAAAAAAAAAACAAAACUAGAGUAUCAUGACAAACCUGCUUCUAUUCCUUGCAGGACUGUGUAAUUCCUCUGUCCAGUGAGGCUCUCAGCUCUUGUAAACAACAGGAUGUCCAGCCUUUUCUUCAGGCCCUCAGAUACACCAUGUUCCAGCGGCAGCUCCUUCAUAAACUUAAAGGUAACUAUCAGUGAAGUUCAUUCAGGACGUUAAUCAGUAUGAAUAAUCUUCAUUCAGGGUUUGGAAUACUGUGUUGAUCAAACUGCAGUGAUUUUUCUAAAGAGCUUAUCUGGCAAAAUCUGUGAUUGUUAUAAAUAAUUUUGCAAAUCAGUUAGUCAUAGUACCCUACAUGUAAUUCUGCUGUUUUAUGGGACAUGAUGCUUUAAUUUAAAAGAGGAUGAUGAGACCUCUGAGAUCUCUGUUCUCUUUUCCAGGUUACUCUUCCUCCAUUGACGGCCACGCAGUAGAGCUUUGUCUGACUGCCAUCAAAUUUGCCCGCAAAAAAGGCAAUAUUGCCCUGGCGUCCCGUCUGCUCAGCCAGUGCGAUGAUGGGACAAAGAAGGACGAACAACAGGACGAUUUAUGUCAGGCCUUCAGGCAUCUCACCCUGGAGGGCACUGUUGGGGAGAAAUGGGGACCAGAGCUUCUGAUAGAGAAAGCCAAAGUCCUAAGAACUGCAGGUAAGCUGAGGAGGGGUUGUCAGGCUGGGAACUACUUUUGAGGUUUGGUAGCCAUAGAAUAACAGUACUCAAAUACUGAUGAAAGGUAAAUGUACACAUUCUACUCUUGAAGUUGAUAUUUCUCAAAUGACUUCAUAGAGAAAUAGCCUAUGUAAUCCCAGCACACUUCUUUACAGCGUAUUGUCUCUGUCCGUAGGUCAGUCUGUGGCAGCCAUGGAGAUGCUGAGCAGAACUGCUCUGUCCUAUUGCCAUGUGGGGAAGAACGAAAGUGCCGCCUGUCGGUCCCUGCUGACGCUCUGCAAAUGGCUGUUGGCUGACUGGAAGGACAUGACACCGCAGCUUAAACAGGCACGCUCAUUUGUACAAUUCUGUCAGAAAGUUGUAAGAAACUGCAGCAUUCAGAACGACAGUGGACCGUGGACCCAGGCUGCUGCGGGUCAGAAAAGUAGUCCAGACCAUUCAAUGAGGAUGCACUACACAGGAAAAUGAAAAAGCAGUUUACACUUCAGAUAUUGUUUAUGUUAAACGUUGGAAAGUCUCUUUCACAUUGAGUGGACUUUUUGACCUUGUACAGCUCUUUAUCUGGACACAAAAUUCAUCUUGAAAAGAGAGAAAUAUUGCCCAUGUCAUAACUUUGACAUUAUCUAGCAUCGAUUCUCCUUUAGAGGGUCCUCCAAAUUGCUUAAAUAUGUAGGUACAUUGGUCGACAAGGACCUUACCUACAAUCUCAGUUUCCUUCCAGUCAAUUUUCUCUCUUGAACACACUCUUUGUUCAGCUUCUUGACUAUGAGUGCUGUAGAUAUCCAUGACAUGUUUUCUCAGUAUGAUGUGGUCCUCCUGAAGACCAUCUUUGCCAUGAAACGUGGUUAAGAAUUUUGUCAAAACCAUCCAAAUUGAAACACCGAUGUUUUGGUUUAGGUGUUGAAGAAGACAGGAGCAGUAAACUCUUCAAAUACAGUGAGCAGCAUGUCGCCUCUGAGCCAGGUUAUAUCUGCUCUGUUGGAGAUUCCCCUUGAGGGGCGGGGCCUUCCCCACAUCAUCGCUGAGACUUCAGGUACUCCUGUCUUCAUUGACUAGCUUCUUGUUUCAUUGCUUGUGAGUUUCUGUUGUAGUGGAGAAGUCAGUUUAGAGUAAUCUGGUGGUUUUCCCGGUGCAGUGAGUGUGGGAGUUGGGGAACCAGACUUCGUGUUGGGUCAGCUCUACCAGCUCUCCGUCAGCCUGGCCCCAGAGAUGGCCAAGGCCUGGGCAGCCCUCGCCAGCUGGGCUUAUCGCUGGGGCAGGAAGGUGGUGGAUAAUGCAAGGUUAGUGCAUCACCUGGUUGACCGCAUACAGUAUUAUAUUCGCUUUCCUCGAUGAUGUGGAUAAACGCUCAAUUAUAUUUUGUGUAUCAGCCUCUCAGAGAAUACUUGAAGGUAAUUCCCUCCAAUUUAUUUUCUCUCAAGCCAAGGGGAGGGAUUGCCUCUUCUUCCUGGAGAAAAGAAGGAGAUAGAGGAGCUGCUGCCAGCAACCACCAGCGAGAAAGACAAAGACAACAUCUUCAGCAUUCUUGGAAAGGCGAUGUGCAGACCUGCUGGCAUUCAGGUUAGCUCUCCUUCUUUUUUCAUCUUGGACCCUUUCUGAGCGAGCUGAAGUGAACAGCUGUGAAAUAUUUUGAGUCUGUGUGUUGUCAGCGGUGCAGAUUGUGUCUUUGAUUCUGCAGAUUGUCCUGAUUGUUCAGGUCUUCUGUGUUUCAGGAUGAAGACAUGGCUCUACAGCAGGAGGACGAUGAAGACGACAUGGUAGACCUGAUCUGGCGACACCUCAUUGGCUCGUGUCCUUGGCUGGGGGAAGCAGGCCAGUCUGUUACAGACGGUCUGAUUCGGGUUUGGAGACGAGUGGUGGACCGCAUCUUUGGUCUCUACCGGGUGUCCUGUCAGGCGUAUUUUACCUUCCUGAAGCUCAAUGCUGGACAGGUGAGACCCACUAAGUGAAAACUUGAGUGUUACUGUUGAUGAGACCCUUUCGCCUCUUAUCCAAAAUCAAAUUUGUGUUUUUCAGGUCCAUAUAGAUGAAGAUGACCCUAAACUCCUGCUGUCAUAUCACUGCGGCAAGCAGAGCAAUGAUGAUGUUAUCGUCAUGGCAACUCUACGUCUUCUUCGUCUACUGGUGAAGCAUGCUGGCGAACUAAGGGAGAGCCUUGAGCUGGGCUUAGCCUCCACUCCAACGGCUCCCUGGAGGGGUAUGUGGUUUUACAGAAUAAGUCUACAAAGGGUUUUUGUUGUUGACCUAAAUAUUUCUAACCUUACUCACUGCCCUUUUGUGUCUCUUGAUCAGGUAUCAUCCCCCAGCUUUUUUCCCGCCUCAACCAUCCAGAGGCGUACAUAAGACAGAGCAUUUGCAGCCUGCUGUGCCGAGUGGCCCAGGACUCCCCACACCUCAUCCUCUACCCCGCGAUUGUGGGCUCGCUCUCUCUGGGAGGGGAGGCUCAGAAUGCAGGUAUGCUCAUAACGUUUAACCUCAAUUUGUGAAGUUUUUCAAGAUCUCUAUGCUGCUUUUAACAUUUUUUUAUUCAUCGGAUAAAAAAAAGGGAUUUAUCCACAUUGUCAACCAGAUUUCAAGUGUAGCUACAGCUUAUAUUGACCUGCAAUAGUCAGGCAGACAGCAUCAAUGGGAAUAAUAAGAACCAUAGAAACGAGUAGAAAACAUAUUUACUCAUUUUGUGUUGAUUUAAUAUCUUCACAGGGGGUAAACUGCCGUCAGCUCUGCCGACCUUCUUGGGCAGCAUGCAGGGAGAUGGUCUUGGUGGAGACGGGGAGGAGCAGCUUGAUAACUGUGGACAAGGAGGCGCUUCAGAGGAGCUCGCUUCCCUUUGCUUCAGUCAGGACCAAGCCAUGAUGCAGGACUGCUACAGCAAGAUUGUGGAGAAACUAUCCCUUGCCAACCCAACUAUGGUGCUUCAGGUGGGUUUCACACAUAUGCUUGUACACAACAAGACGCCUCUAUAACACCAGAGGGGGCCCUUGCUGCAUAUAUGAUAAACUAGCCAUCAAGUUUUUCAUCACACCCAGCCUCAAGCAAGAGUUUUCGAGCAUGUUAGAGGCAGGAAAUUUGCAAUAAGUCUUAGGUCUUUUGAUAAUCUCAGAUAGCCUUUCAGAUUCUGCUAACCCGUCCUCUAUGAUGAUCAGGUCCAGCAACUGGUUGGUGAGCUGCGCAGAGUGACCCUACUGUGGGAUGAACUGUGGCUGGGUGUUUUACAACAGCAACACAUGCAUGUCCUGCGUAGAAUCCAACAGCUGGAGGAUGAGGUGAAGAGGGUCCAGAACAACAACACACUCCGCAGGUGAGUUUCAAUGUUUGUUUUUUUUUGCUGGUUUCUUGCCAAUUGCAUAAGAUACAUUAACCUCUAUUGUUGUGCUUGCAGGGAUGAAAAGAUCGCCAUCAUGCGUGAGAAGCACUCUGCCCUGAUGCGUCCAGUGGUUUUUGCGCUUGAACACGUCUGCAGCAUUACAGCGGCUCCAGCAGAGACGCCACAUGAAACGUGGUUCCAGCAGACCUUUGGUGAUGCCAUCUCAUCCGCCCUAGAGAAGCUGAGGAACCCCUCAAACCCUGCAAACCCUUCCAGCAGUUGGCUGCCUUUCAAGCAGGUGACCCUGUGUUUGCCUUUACUGCCUUUGUGUGUGUGUUUGAUUGGAGUAAAAAGUAAACAUUUAUCCAGAACAUGUUGAAAAGUAAAAGUAGAUGUUGUCAAAACUGCCAACUCUUCUCUACAACCUCUACUUUUUUUUUUUUUCAAAGUGUUGCUUUUAUUGAUUGAUAUAAUAACUUUUUGUACAGAUCAUGAUGAGCCUGCAGCAGCGUGCCCAGAAGCGAGCCAGCUAUCUGCUUCAUCUGGAUGAAAUCAGCCCUCGCCUGGCGUCCAUGACCACCACAGAGAUGGCUCUGCCAGGUGAAGUGUCGGCGUCAGAUGCCGUCACCAUACAGAGUGUAGGCAACACCAUCACCAUCCUGCCCACCAAGACAAAGCCAAAGAAGCUCUUCUUCCUGGGCUCUGAUGGACACAACUACCCAUACCUGUUUAAAGGUAAGAUGAUACAGAGGCACCAUGUAGCUUAUAUAGAGCGCUCUUAUUUCUUAUCUCUACAUUAUCUCCUUUACUGAUGCACCGUUUGCAGUUUCUCUUUUCCAAUUCCAGUUUCCACUAUUUCAGAUCUGACCUGCCAAAAUUAUUACUGGCCAACCUCCAGAAAUUUUGCUUUCCUCUGAUGAAGAUUCAGUUUUUACCUUUUAUAAAACAACGCUGGCUGUUCUCCUCUAGAAAGAUUUGUGUGCCAACCCCUUUUGAUUUUUUUUUUUUCUUGGGUAUUUUUAACUUGUACUUCGUACAUAUUUGUAUGUUAACAUGACCUUCUUAGAUUGGGUGUGUAUUUUGCUUUUAGGACUUUUGGAACCAGCCUCUAGUUUUUAAAACUCUUGUAUCCACCUCAUAUUUCAACACUUGCUCAAUUCAUUUCAGUUGCAUUUUACCUCACUCCUGAAGAAAUUAUGAAUGAAGUUGGCUUAAAUCAGAAUCAUGUCAACUUCACUCUUUAGGAGCCAUUUUGCUCUUGCCUUGUACCAUUGAUAAAUCUUAAUUCUUCAUGUUUGGAAACAAAUAAAGUCACAUUUUAAUCUGAAACUCAGAUUUUAAACUCUACCUGUUGUUUUCUUUUACACCAUCUACUUUAGGUAAUUCUUCUAAAACAUGAAAGAAGGCUGACGUCUCUAUAAUAUCAGACUUGUACAUUAAUGGCACAUUUGCCUCCUUCUCUCAAAUACAAAACAAGAUAAAACAAGUAAAGGCAACUUCUUUGAAUAUCUGCAGAUAAGAGAUAAUUUAAAAGAAAAAAAAAUCUGCAAAUUUUAUCCUUAAGAUUGAACUUCCAGAGUUGAACGUGUCAGCAGCUUAACUGUUCUGUUUGCAUCUUGUUCCUCAUUUUUAGGUCUGGAGGAUUUGCAUUUGGAUGAGCGCAUCAUGCAGUUUUUGUCUAUCGUCAACACCAUGUUCACCAAGAUCAACCAGCAGGAGCAGCCACGCUUCCAUGCUCGACACUACUCCGUCACCCCCCUCGGGACCCGAUCGGGACUUAUUCAGUGGGUGGAUGGAGCCACACCUCUUUUUGGCCUGUACAAGCGCUGGCAGCAGAGGGAGGCUGUGCUGCAGGUUCAGAAGGUACGGUUACUGUAAAAGAAAACAAAGAUGCAUGUAAUUGAAACAGCACAAUAUAAUAUUCUGUGAUUUUAUCGUCCCAACCAGGUCCAAGACUCGUUCCAACAACAGCCAGUCCCUCCAGUACCCCGCCCUAGCGAGCUCUACUACAGCCGCAUCGGGCCAGCUCUGAAGGCAGUGGGACUCAGUCUAGAUGUGACACGCAGAGACUGGCCUCUCAGUGUCAUGAAGGAGGUCCUGAAAGAGUUGAUGGAGACCACUCCUUCAAACCUGCUCGCCAAGGAGCUGUGGUGUUCCUGCACCACACCCAGUGAGUGGUGGGGAGUAACUCAGGUAAGAGCGGUUCGAACUAUUUUUAAAGUCUUAACGAUGGCAGCGAUUUCACUUCCUGUUUCUUAUUUUUGAAUAACAGCAGAGUAGGAAUUGAAGUGAAGACUGUGAUUGUACUUUAAAGUUGACAUUCCCUUUCUAUUUCUGUUCAAGUCUUACGCCAGAUCCACUGCUGUCAUGUCGAUGGUGGGAUAUAUCAUCGGCCUUGGUGACCGUCACCUGGACAAUGUGUUGAUUGACAUGACCACUGGAGAGGUUGUGCACAUUGAUUACAAUGUUUGCUUUGAAAAAGGUCAGUUUGCACUUGUUUCCUCGACCACGAUAAAAACCUUUUUGUUCUAAAACUCAAACACUCACAAGUUUUUCUGAUUUCUACUGUCGAUUAAAACGAUGUGUGUGGCGUGUUGUUACAGCUGUCUUGAUCCUAGAAAAGUAGGCUUCAGUGCUCUGUUGAUCUUGUCUGGUUCUGAUUAAAUAGACGUCUGUGUGUGUCCGUGUCUCCCUAGGAAAAAGCCUGCGGGUGCCGGAGAAGGUCCCAUUCAGGAUGACCCACAACAUUGAGACCGCUCUGGGAGUAACUGGGGUGGAGGGCAUCUUCAGACUCUCCUGUGAACAGGUUCAUUAUCAUAAAGUAUUCCCCAGCUUUGUGAUGUGGAUCACAUCCGUUGUUGAUGGUUUGAAAGCUCAUUCAGGUGUGUCAUUACAGGUGGUUCAGAUGAUGCGCAGAGGCAGAGAGACCCUUCUGACCCUCCUUGAAGCCUUUGUCUAUGAUCCCCUGGUAGACUGGACUGCUGGGGGGGAGGUGGGCUUCGCCGGUGCGGUGUACGGAGGAGGAGGCCAACAGGCUGACAGUAAGCAGAGCAAGAGAGAGAUGGAGAGGGAUAUCACACACUCUCUCUUCUCCUCCAGGGUGGCAGAGAUUAAGGUGAGUUUGAGACGUGAGAAGAGUGAGGAUUUGCCCUCCUAACAGUGUCGUCUGAACCAGUGUUUUCUUCCUCCCUCUGUCUGUGGUGAUUGUUUAUUUGAGCUCAGUCUACAUAUCAAUAUUUACCUGUGUUUUUAGCUGUGUAGUGCAGUCAUUUAUGUCCAUUAAGUAGCUCUGGAAAAAUAAAGGAUUUAAGGGACAACUGAACCGGACAAAAAUGAUCCCUAAAGUAAACGAAUGAAUAAUUCAGAGAGUGUUUUUUCAACUGUGUGCAGGUGAACUGGUUCAAGAAUCGAGACGAUAUGCUGGCAGUGUUGCCACAAGUGGAAGAGGCCGUCGAGGAGUACUUGGUCCUGCAGGAGUUGCUCUGCCAGGGGGAAAAACUACAAGCCAAGCUCAAGGAGGAAAUCUGCUUCCUGGACGGGGCAGAAAACCAUCCUGACCAUCUCAUUCUCACCCUCGAGCAAAGGUCUGAGACCGCACAGCUCAGCAGUACUUCUUCCUGAUCAGUAACUUGAACUUAAAACUUUUUGAGAUGUAGUUUCUCGCUUUUGGCAGACGGUUGAUAUAUAAAAAACUGUAUAACAAUAUACAAUGUUAUUAACCAGCCCUUCAUUUUUCAGGUACUCUGAACACACCCAGCUGCAAUCCCAACAGCUGACUGUGCGAGAGGCCAUUGAGAGCAAGUUGGCGGACCUGGACCAGUGGAUCUCUCAGUACCAGACAGCAUUCUCAAACCUUGAGGCCACCCAUCUCGCCAGCCUGCUGCAGGACAUCAGCAGCUCCAUAGAUCUUGGUUAGUAACGUUCAGAUGUUAUUUGUUCUUAUCUCCUCAAGUUUCAUUUUUUAACACUUUGUAUGUUUGCUUUAUAUGUGUGAAAGAGACUGUGAAUUAGAUAAUAUCAUAAAUACCCCAAAAACAGGCCGUCCUCCUUAAUGACAAACUUUUUAUUUGGUUAUCAAAAGUGGAACUCGACGCUGUGGUAUGACUACUUAAGUAGAAGAGUGUUUUAUCUUUUCUUCACUUUCUUUCUUCCAGGUCCUCCCAGUUAUGUACCAGCUACAGCUUUCCUUCAGAAUGCAGGCCAGGCCCACAUCAUAAGCCAGUGUGAGAGCUUGGAGGCAGAGAUGAGCUCCCUGCUGCAACAGCGCCGCGGGGCCCUGCGCAGUUGCCUAGAGCAGCUGCACAGCUAUGCCACAGUGGCUUUGCUGUACCCACAGUCUACCCUGCUUCUCCACCGAACCCACCAGUGGAAGGCGUGGCUCGAGGAACUCCUGAGAGACAUGACAGUAGAGCACUGCCAGCACAUCUACAGACAGUAAGAGCCUGAAGCCGUCUUUCCGUUAUAGAGCACAAAUCUUUUUCUGUCAUGGCCUUUAGUUGGCUUUAAAAGCCGAAGAGAGACAGGAAAUGUGGAAGUAGAAUAAGUAUUCACCGCAACAUAGACUGAACACUCUAUAAUCUUAUAUCAGGCAGAAACCUUGAGCAGACACAGACUCACUUCAGAUAGUUACAGUGCCAGAGAUAUUGGAACAAGUAGGUGUACUACUUUAAAGGAACAGCCUGAUAAUGAUAAUAACCGGAUCUUAGUUUGAGUUGCAGCAAAUUAAAGUCAACAGCUUUUGUAAUUUAUAUGAAGGACUGUUUCUAAUCAGAGCGCAGCUGUUUUAUGGGGGUGAAUUUCCUUUGUAAGCACAGCUGUUGUGUAGUGUCUUAGGGCGUUAGGUCAGGUGUUGUUGGGCUACAGUAUAAAAGUCUGUCUUCUAUAGUUCAUAGAGAGCACAGAGACUUGAUUUAUCACUUAUUCAGCAGAUUAAUUAAGUAUCUUUGUAACAGUGAUAAAAAUCGAAAAACUGGUGCUGAUAAAUUAAUAUUGGCUCUGUAACAGUAAUAUGAAAGGAGAGAUUGCUGCUAAUAAACAAACAUUAGAUUUAUAACAGUGAUAAAAGUGGAAAAACUGGUGUUUAUAAAUUAGCAUUGGCUUUGUGACAAUGACAGAAAAUGGAGGAGAAGCACGAGACUGUGGUCGUUAAGUUUAAUGGUUGACAAUCUUCCUGCAACUAAAUUACCUUGAAUAAAUAAUAUAAUUAUUUGUUGUUAACACUGACAUUACUGUCCCACUCAGUGCAUGCACUUCAUAGAUGUUGGAUAAACAAAAUUCUUUUAUCUGGAGGUCUCUAUAACUUUUAGUUGCUGAAUAAUCACCAUCAUUAAAACAUUAUAACAGCGUCAAUCUACUCAGGAUUCUCAACAGGCUACAAAUGUAUUCACACUUCAACAGGAUGACUCCGGCAUGUUUGUUUCAGUGUCUUUGUACAUCCACUUUAACUCGCAUCACUUAUUUCUUUUACAGAUACGAGGUGCUGUUCGCUCCCCAGCCUCCCGCGACCUCAUGCCAGUUCCUGUCCACCGUGGAGUUGACUCUGCAGCAUCAGCUAGCAGAGACCAAUGAUCGUGUGCUCCAACAGACAGAUCUCCUCAAGGCCGACGGUGCGAACGUAGCGGCCUGCGAAGAGCAGCUGCACGAGAUCGAGCACUGCAUCACAGUGUUCCUCCGAGAGAACGCGGAGUUGGGCUCGCUCAGUAUGGCGUGCAUCAUCACCACUGCCCUCUGCACACUCUGCAGGUUCAACAUGAUCUUCUUCUCUACCCUUACUAUAGACAUUUGAGAUUUGGCAGCUUGACUGUGGCUUUUGUUCUCCCUAAGUCUUACCCUCAGCGAGUGAGUGAUGUCAGUUGAACUUUACUCAUUAACCCGAGUGCUAUCUGAGCGAUGAGGAAAAUACUCACAGAGGUUACAUCCACCUCACAGGGUGCUAGUUUUAUGCAUGAGCAAUAGGAAAGAAGAAGAAGGUCAUUUUGUAUUUUUUCUGUGUGUCCAGGCGGAACUUAGUAAUGGAGGGAGCUGCAGCUAGCGCCGGAGAGCAGCUGGUAGACUUGACGUCUCGGGAUGGGACCUGGUUCCUGGAGGAGCUUUGUAGUUUGACUGGAAAUGUCAGUGCCUUAGCAACCCUGUUACAGCGCUGCCCACACCUGGCCCAUGACCUGGAGCUGCCUGCCCCCUCAGUUACCAUCCAGGCUGUGUACCUGGCCAAUGCUGUGUACACCAGCUUGCAGGUAGAUACGUCCCCAAAACUUACAGUCCAAUCCAGCAACAACUGUGGGCAUCAUUUUCUGUGUUAGAGCAGAAAUCUCUAACGCAUGUGUGUCUCUCUCUGUUCAAUACAGGAGCUGAACUCCAACUUCCGUCAGAUCAUCUUCCCAGAGGCUCUGCGCUGUAUGAUCAAGGGAGAGCCAACUUUGGACUCCAUGUUGGCAGAGCUGGAGCAGCUUGUGGAGCAGAGCUCUGAUGGACUCGGCCUCCAGGGUUUGGCUGAUAGUCUGCAGACCACCACAGGCCUUGAUCCUGGCAGUCAGAGCCACUCCCUCCACAUAACCAGGUUAGGCGCACCACUCAUCAUCUUAUGCUUGAAGUAAAAAUAAAAAAAUAAAAAGAUGUUGAUAAAUAAAAACUUGGCUUUUGUGCUCAGGAUGCUGCGAACUCAGUACUCUGAGCUGAUCCAGCCCCGCAGCAUGGAUGGAUCGAGCCAGGAAACGCCAAAGAUGUCUGCGGGUCAAAUGUUGUUGGUGGCCUUUGAUGGCAUGUUCACCCAGCUGGAGACUGCCUUUGCACAGCUCACAGAGAAGGUAACAAACAAACUGAAACAAACAGCCUGAAAAAACGUGAUUGUGUUGAUUAAUCAGCCCCAGAGUUAGAAAGUUGGAAAACAAAAUUCUUCUCCACCGUAUCCUGAUGCUCGUAGGAAAGACGUUUCUCUUCUGUUUCUCUUUACACCCAGCUGAGCUCUCUGGAGAUGCCCUCAGCCUGGAGUAGAGUAGAUGUUCUGAGGGAGGCUCGAGCCACGCAGCUCCACGUCUUCGAUUGCCUGAGUCAGCGGCAGUUGAUGGAGGAUGUGUUUUUCCUCAAGAGGCUGCAGACCGUCAGGGACUUUUUCAGGCUUUGUUCUUCCUUUGCUCAAUCCCUGUCUGGUAAGAGCUUCUUACUGCCGCACAAACAAACACACGUUUCCAUGACAGUCAUGUUCCUUUUGCUGUAAGUAUUUGUGACCCUGCCUGGCAUAAUCCUCACUGCUUAUCAGUAUAUCAUCAUGAAAGGAUUAAAGCGUCUCCCCUUCUCUAUCUGCCUUCAGGUACCUGUCCACCGGCUGAAGAUCUCUUACCUAUAAACGGACCGGUUGGUUUGGGGAAGCCGUUAUACCGACGCCCCAGUGCAACCGGAUCGGGUGUGAAAGUGCCAAGCGAAGAACAGAUGAUCCGCCCCAUCAAGGCCUUCACGGCAGAGUUUGUCCGGCAGAUGCUCAUGGGUCUGCCGAGCCAAGCUCUUGGUCUGGCUCUCUGCAGCACCCUGUCUGCCCUCAGCCUGGACAUCGUUGCCCAGGUGGAGGCUAAAGACUUUGGCGCAGAAAGCAAGGUAUAACAGCUGAGUGCGUGAGAGUGAUAACUGACAGGGUUGUUCUUCUCAACAAUAUUUUUAUACAGAUUAUUGUAGUACAGUGAGCUCUUGAAAGAGCACAAGAUACAAAGGAAACAUUAAUCACAGACACCCCCUUUCCCUCAAGACCGUGUUGACUACUGGACUUUCCUAUUACUGUGCUUAAAUAACAAAUUCUGGAGCAAGUUAGUGCUGGAAUUCAUGUUUUAUAGAAGAGAAAUAAGGAGCAAAAAGAAAAUAAGUUAAAUGGACUAAAGUAUGUCAAGAGAAAUACAAAUGUGGACAAGUCGCUGAAAACUGAAAAAGUCUGUAAAGAUAAGAAUUUAAAUUGUUUGAUUAUAAAACAUCACAGGUAUAUAUUUCAAAAAGAAAACAGCUAGAGGAGGAGAGUGCUGAUUCAAAAUAAUGAGAGUUUCUGAAUGUGGUCCUGAAAAGGUCCCCAAACCUUUUUGAAUUUUUCAUCAUUACCUGCGACCGAGUAACAAAUGUUCGCGAGGUCUAAACAAGUCAUAAGGUCUUUCAGCCACUGACUAUGAGAUCCCUGACAGUGUUGUUUUAAAUUAAAACCUUCUUUAUGACAAUGAUGCCAGUUGUUUUUAAGUCCUCAUCUUGGUCAUGUCCCUUUUCAGAGUCAGUAGUUCCCUCCACUUUCUGCUUGCACUGCAAAUCCACGAGUCACAUAAAUCUGUUUCACCCAGAAUGAUGAUAAAACUCUAAAUACUCGCUAACUUUUUCGCUGCUUUCAAAAUGUCCAAAAAGUUCACAGUCAGCGCCAGCCCAGUUAUCUCGACUUAAACUCAUGUGUUGGUUCUGAAGGUGUCUCUGGAUGAACUGUGUAAAAAGGCGGUGGAGCAGUGUCUGGCAGCAGGCCAUAUCUCCCAGCUGCUGCUGAACAGAGCCACGGUGCUGGCCUCCUCCUACGACACAGCCUGGAAGAAAGUUGAUCUUCUGAGAAGGAUGGAUUCCAACCUGGAGGCCGCCAAAGCCAGCAUGCAGAGGACCCAGCUGCAUAUUGCUAUGUUUCAGGUAAAGGAAAUGAUGUAUUCUGUAUCAUGUUCAUGUGAAGAGAGAAAAUUAUAGUCAUAAUACAUUUUGACACUUUUUCGUUACCUUGUCUAGUGGCAGCAUGAGGAUGUUCUGGGCGCCAGCAGUCAGCCUCUGGGUGUUAGCGUUCCUCCUCGCUCUGUCAUCCUGAGCAACAUGAAGAAGAAGCUGUUCAAGCUGAGCCAGGAUGAGGGCGCUAUAGUCGCUGUUCAGGUUGGUGUCACUGCUAAUUAAUCUUAAGACAAACAUACAUGUUACUUGAGUUUUUGGACCUUUCAGGAACUGCCAUAUUUCAUUUAUUUGAGCAUGUUUUGGAGAUUUAUCUUGUGGACAAUGUAAAACAGAGCUGUAGAUAUAACCACUCAAAGGUCAACCUUAUGCUGUACCUUCCACAGGAGAAGCUGGCGUCACUAGAGGCUAGCAUCGAGCAGCGUCUGAAGUGGGCCGGUGGAGCCAACCCAGCUCUGGCCCCUGUCCUGCAGGAUUUUGAAAUGACUAUUAGAGACAGGCGUGCCAUGGUCGCUCGAGAAAACCAACGUACCAGCCAGGUAACACCACGACCUCCAUCACAAUCCAACGGUCUUCUGAAAAAACGACAUUUUUCUUACCUGUCACAAAGCUUGAAGGAGGACCAGCUCAAAAAUGGGAACAAGAUGCUUAUACUUUGUGUUUUUCAGGUCACCUUCUUGUGCUCCACCAUCCUGAACUUUGAAAGUCUUCGGACCCGAUCACCCGAGGCACUGAACAUGGAUGCAGCGCUGUUUGAUCUGCUAAAACGCUGCCAGCAGACCUGCUCCUAUGCUGCCCAGUUUAACACCACAGUGUCACCCCUGGAGCUCCAGUUACUUCACAGACUGGUGGGUCAUGGGCUGGACCUCAACAUUAAAUUAGAGGCAGAGCCCAGUCAGUCGUAAAUAUCUAAUUUAUAUGCUGUGUAAUAGUGCAAAACAAAUACUUUUACUUUGUGAGGAAAUAGUCGAGGGAUUUUAGAUUUAUGUUCCUAAGUUUGUUGUUUUUCACUCCAGGCUCCAGCGCUGGACCUGCCCAUAGGAAGCCCUGAUUGGCUGUGCUGCGCCCAGAGGAAACUGGAGGAAGAGCUCGGUGUUGAGCAAAGGAGUCAGGAGGAGAGGGAGCAGCAGCUGGAGUCUUGCGGAGAGACGCUGCAGCUUCUCGUCGACUCGAUUAAAACCAUCCUUUCCAACCACAACCGCCAGCUGGCUGACGUCAAACACCUGCUGAGGGCCAUGGCAAAGGUACGUUUGAAGUCCGGUAACUUCACACACGAGAUUUUCAAAUUUACACAGAGCUGAAUGUUUUUCUGUUCUUGUGUCACACAGGAUGAGGAGGUCGCUCUGGCAGAUGGCGAAGAGAUGGCGUAUGAAGGCAGCGUGCGUCAGUUCCUGUUGGAGUACAAAGCGUGGCAGGAUAAUAUUCAGCUGGUUUUAUUCACCGUGGUCCAAGCCAGCGGGCAGCCUCGCAACCACGAGCACCUGGAGCUGCUGGAGGAGAUCCCCACGACCCUCAAAGAACUGCAGCGCCAGAGCCAGAGGUGACCACAUAACCAGGAGAGAUGAAAUGCACCAAAAUAAGAGUAAAUGUUUAUGUUUAACACCUUUUUUGUUUGUUUAUGCAACACCAGUGUGUACAAUGGCCUGGUGAGCUUUGCGUCUCCGCUGGUGACAGACAGGGAGAGUGAAUGUGCCAGUCCUGUUUCUGCGACACAGACGAGCUUUGCAGCAGGUACGGGAACACGAUUUUUCUCCACACUUCAUGCUUGUGAUCAUGAAUAGCAGCAGUAAAGAAGGGUAUAUUGAUUUUGAUAGUUCAAUUCCUGCAGCUUUUUAAUAAAAUGGGCUUUUACUGCCUAAAUUGGCUCAAGCUUCCUCUUUACUAACUUUACAGCCCAUCUUUAUGUGCUCAAGACAUUUUACUCACAUUGUUGUUUGUCUUAAGCUGUUCGAUGCAGUGGAGUGAAGACCCAGCCCGACUCAAUGUCCCAAAACGCCCGUAAGACUCUGCAACGUAACCUGGGAACCCCAAAUGACACCCCACCCAGCACCCUGCUGAUGAACAGCAAGGGCCUCAACCCGAGCCCAAAGAGGGCUGUGCGAGACCCCAAAACAGGGCGAGGUACUUCUUUUAACCAUCUCAUUUUGCAGUUUCAUGAUUAGGGACCUAAUGCGUUUAAAUAAACCUGUGACUUUGUUACAGCUGUCCAAGAGAGGAACUCAUACGCUGUGAGUGUGUGGAAGAGAGUGAAAGCCAAGUUGGAGGGCAGAGACAUCGAUCCGAACAGGAGGAUGAGCGUAACUGAGCAGGUAUCACCAGCAUGCCUAAAGUCAAUACGUAAUCAUUUGCAUGUUCCCCCAAUCAAAUGUGAAUGAAUCUGUUUCUGUUUUGAUCUGAGCUGGAUCAGGGUUUUUUACUGUUAUUCUUUAUUUAUACAACCAUUUCAGUGAACCAAAGUGCUUUACAAUACAUAGAAAAUAAAAAUGAAUAAAUAAAAACAAUAAGAAAAAGAAUAAAAUACAAUGCAAUAAAUUAAGUAUCACCACGCUACUGGGUAUUAAAAGCCAGUAUAAAUAUGUAUGUUUUCAAUUGGUUUUCAUCUCAGUGCUUUUGAUUUGACCUGGGCACCUCCAGCAGGAGUUGAUUUGACAGCCUCAGAGCUCUACCCGGCUCCUGAACCGUUAAAAGCUCAGUUAAAUAGAUGGGGGGGCGAGGCCGUUAAGAGCUUUAAAAACAAACAUCAAAGGUUUAAAAUCAGUCCUAAAAGAGCUUAGGGUUAAGGUCCUUACACACCGGGGCCGACACGAAUAUAGGACGUGAAAGUACGAAAUAUCCGGAGGUGAAUUUUGACUCGCCUGACUAUACACAUCAAGCCCGAUGUGAUUUUGCGACUUUCCGGGGGGGAAAAAGACGCAUCCCGAGGAAGAAUUUUGCCAGGGAAAGUCCUGCCUCCGUCGCCUCUGAUUGGCUAGAAACACUGGAAACGUCAUCACACGCUCAAGCCAAACGGUCAGCACUUAUAGCCAAUCAGAGGCGAUAAGAUAAGCACGUGAAACUAUGGUAACAACCGCUAGCAUACGUUAGCACAGAUGAAAGUUAAAACAAAGACGUUUAGCAAACUGUUAUAGCGUCGGAUUUCUCAUAUGACGAUGGUUUGUGUGCUUUGACUCUCCACAAGUUGUCCUUUAGGUCGUUAUCUUUGUAAUGUUCGUAUUUUUUAUCAAAAAGCACUCUCUCCGACAUGUAAACAAUCAGCCGGUCGGCCAUGUUGGAUAUACCGGUGAAUCAGACCUCGCAACAACACGAAAUUUGAUUGGUCAGAAGUGGACACACAGUAUGCAAAACUUUAAAAUUAUCGACCAUGAUCCGAAAAAAUAAAUGCCGCAAUUCGAAGAACGGGAAAACGUCACUGAUGUGAACGCUUGUACUGACAGGAUACGGGUUCGAAAAAAAUAUUGACGUCUGAAAUAAUUGCAUGAAAAAAACGGUCCCGGUGUGAAAGGACCUUUAGGGUUCGUUUCAACUAGUAGGUAGUAAGGAUUGUUGCACAUUGUUGGUCCAAGCCGGUUCUGUGCAAGUGUCUCACUAAAUGUCUGAACUCUUAUUUGUGUUUCCUUUAAGGUGGACUUUGUCAUCAGGGAGGCCACCAACAUGGACAAUCUGGCCCAAUUGUAUGAAGGUUGGACUGCCUGGGUGUGAACUCUAUGCUGGUUCAUGAUUAUGAUCCAAAGAAGGCUUGGAGAUCCACCAGAGGUCCAGUGGGUCUGGGGUGUCGCAACAGCAGCACCAGGUUACACUGGGGGAAGAAAAUGGGAAGCGGAUGCUAAGUACGCCCUGGCAAUCUCCGGGGGCAGUGACCUUGUGGCACCGUUACAACCACACUCCCCCAACCAUCGGCGAUUGGGCUAAACAGCGCUUAGUGGGCCUGCUGCCAUGCAUUCCUUUUACAGGGUUUGAUUAGGCAAAGCAGCGCUGAAUGGGAGAAAGGGGGCUAACGCCUUCUUACCCUUGACUUGGAAAUACCCUCUCCCCCUCGCCUGCAUAGCUCUCUUCCAAGUUGAACCCACAAACACCACUUCAUCCUUCUGAGCCAAUCAAACUCCACCUUAGGGCGAGAUGAAGCAGGAAGUGAGCAGUUUCCCCACUGAAGCAUAAAGCAUGUGCUGUGGGUAGGACUUCAGUGGGACCAAAGCUUAGAUGGAUGAGGCACGGGCAAAGCCACAUUCAUUUUUUCUCGUCUUUUCCUUAACGGUCUCGUGGUUCUGAUUGGCUUGUAGGUCGCUCAGUUGGGCAGGAGGAAGAAGAAGAAGAAGAAGAAAAGUUUGACAGGAUGUUUCAGGCGACACGGACACCCUUCUGAAACCGAAACAAAAAUAACUGAGCUGAAAGUAAAAAAAAAAAAAAAAGUCAAACUGUAAUUUGAUUCUCAUGCCUUACAGCGACGAGUCCGACAGUUCACUGUUGUGUCUGUUUUCCAAGAAAAAGAGCUGAUGCUUUUGCAGAGGGGGAAAAAAAAAGAGUCCUGUUGUACGAAAUAGUUUUGGAUUGCUCGUUUUUGAGCCAUGAACAGACAAACAAAAGUGAGGCCACUUUGGGACAAGAAAGAACACCUUUCUGCUUCUUUUUCUUCUGUGUGUUUCUUAAGUCUGUGUUGUGAUUCGUUCCUAUCUCCCGUCUUUUGUUGGAUAGAGCUGUAGAAAUAGAUUUCCGCCUUUUUUGCCUUGCCUGUCAGAAGUUGUUGCUUGCCGCAUAUGUAUUCACUCCACAGCCCCAACCCUUGCAUUUUAUUAUUCUUGACCUUCUAGUUUUACAUUUUUAGUAGGAGAAAUUAAUUUUUUGGUGAUGGUAAGAAAUGUUAAUUCUUAAUGCUUUUAUUGAAUUUUGUUGUAUGCUGAAUAAAAAAUGAAAAUGUCAAGUUC